UCCCACUUCUCUCCCCCGUCCGUCUCCGUCUUCUCUUCCCUUUUUCCCUUUCCUUCCUUCGCUCUCACUUCUUCUUCAAUUGUCCAGUCAUCUCUCUCUUUCCUUCCGUUCCAUCCUCAGCCUAAAAAACGAGCCCUUCUUAUUCCAUCUUUCUCUCCUUCCGUUACCUAACCCCAAUCCAAAUUCAAUUCAAAUCAGACCUACAUUUCUGAUUCAUUGUUCUUCGUAUAUCUCUCUAUCUCACUUUGUCUCGCUUGCAUUGGUGAAAUCCUUGCUCGAUCAGAUCCACCCCCAGUAGUCCUGCUGUUACUGGUGUUGGGUUGUUCCGUUACUUCCCAUCUGUUUUUGUUCUCUCGCCGGAGACCCAAUUGAAAGGAAAGCAAGGAAGAGGGUGCCGUGGUCGUUUCCCGGCCAGGGGAGAAUUGGCACUCAAGCAAAAUACUCAUCGGGAAGAUUUGGAUUAUAAUAUGCUUCCAUAGGGUGUAGGAAACUGUGAAGCUUGGAAGAAGAUGGCAUUCUACUCUGAAGAGGAUAGUGCGGAUGAUUACCUGUUCAAGGUAGUAUUGAUCGGUGAUUCAGCUGUUGGGAAGUCGAAUUUGCUGGCCAGGUUUGCGAGGGAUGAAUUUUAUCCUAAUUCAAAAUCAACCAUAGGGGUCGAGUUCCAAACUCAGAAGAUCGAUAUCAAUGGUAAAGAAGUUAAAGCACAGAUCUGGGACACAGCUGGCCAGGAGCGGUUUAGAGCUGUUACAUCUGCUUAUUACAGAGGGGCUGUUGGAGCACUUGUGGUGUAUGAUAUCAGCCGACGCCAAACUUUCGAGAGCAUAGGCAGAUGGCUCAAUGAACUUCACACUCACUCGGACAUGAAUGUAGUAACGAUACUUGUGGGCAACAAAUCGGACCUCAAGGAUGCGAGAGAAGUGCCCACAGCAGAAGGGAAGGCUUUAGCAGAGGCACAAGGUUUGUUCUUCAUGGAGACUUCUGCUCUGGACUCGUCCAACGUGACAGCUGCUUUCGAGACGGUUGUGAAGGAGAUCUACAACAUAUUGAGCCGGAAAGUCAUAUCUCAGGAGCUCAAGAAACAGGAUGCCCCGGAGAUGGGGAAUGGGAAGACAGUGGUUCUACAGAGAGAUGAUGAACCAGGCGGUGAAAAUCCAGAGGGUGAGGCAGCUAAACAAGGUGGCGGCGGGUGUUGUUGAUCUUGGAGCUUUAGGUGAAGGAUUAAGGAAGUUUCUUUUGUUUGUGAUUAGAUGUUUAGCAUUUGAAUGAAGUAUAUGUGUUGCCCCCCACCCUAGAGCUAGAAGCUACGUAUGAAGAAAUUAGGGUUCUUGUUGUUCUUCUCCAUUCACUUGUGUCUCCAUGUAGUUGACUUGUUCAUGUGGCCAGAUGAUUUAGAGAGAUCAGUGUUGUCUAUGGGAGUGGGCAAAAUGUAAAUGAGAUGAUUAUCUGAAGAAGGGGGUUCACAAAUGUUUAUGAAAUUCCUUUUAAGUCCUAUGGUGAUUUUGGCCCUUCUCUACUCAAUUAUAUUCAUAAAGUAGCUUCUGUU